AUGAGAAAAGAAGCGCAUGUACCGUAUCGUGAUUCAAUAUUAACACGUUUAUUACAAGAUUCAUUAGGUGGAAAUAGCUACACACAGAUAGCUAGUAUUUCAUCAGUUGAUCGUGAUUUUUCUGAAACAAAAAGUACACUUAAUGAUGCACAAAGUGCACGUAAUAUACGUACUCGUGUUAAAGUAAAUCAAGACAAACAUAGUACAUAA